AUGGCCAAACCGCGACUUUCAUAUACAAACGGCGCUCCAAGCAAGGCCAAGCGAACGACUUCGGGCCAGUUCAACCAGCUGUCACCGUCGCAGAUCCAGGAGCUCAAGGAAGCGUUCAAUCUGCUCGACAAGGAUGCUGAUGGAAUUGUCAAUGAAGAAGACCUGGAAGAGAUGCUGGUGUCUCUAGGACGAGAUCCAAAGGACGGAGAGGUCCAGGAGAUGCUGAAUCUGCUGCCCCAGCCUCUCACAUUCGCCUCAUUUCUCACAGGCAUGUCCAGUCACUUGUGUGACUUGUCUUCCAAGACAGAUCUGCUCACGGCCUUCAGUGCCUUUUCCAAUGAUGAUUCGGGCAUGGUGAACGUGGAGGAUCUGGUGCAGGAGCUCAUGAGCGUGGGAAUGAGCGAGGAGGAGGCCCGGGACUCGCUCGAAGACUUUACGGUCAAGAGUGGCUUCAGCGGGAAGACGGACUUCAACUACAAGAACUUUGUCAAUUUGCUACGAGCCGAUUGA